GGAACUUUAGUAUUUUAUUUAUUAAUUAGAAAAAUUGUCGUAUUCAUUUGACAUUUUUUUAAUUUAAGAUUGCUGGUGGAUAUGGUGCUGGAAGUACAUCAGAGAAACUUUAUUAUCCAUGGGGACUCUAUGUUGAUUCAAAUCAAGCAGUUUAUGUUGCUGACAGAUCGAAUCAUAGAGUACAACUUUGGAAUUCAGAAUCAAUGUCAGGUAUAACUGUAGCUGGUUUAACAGGUAGUUCAGGUCCUUGGUCAUAUCAAUUAAGUAAUCCAACUGGUGUUACUCUUGAUCCAUAUGGUUACAUCUAUGUUUUGGAUACCGGAAAUUCACGUGUUCAAAAAUGGUUUCCAGACGCAUCUUAUGGCACAACAGUUAUAUCAGCAUCAAUGAAUAGUCCAUAUGGAUUUAUGUUUGAUCUUCGUGGAAAUAUUGUUAUUACUGAUACAAGUUAUCAUCGAAUUCUAUCUUUUGCUAUGACAUGCCCUAAUGCAACAACACCAACAACAACAACAGUAUCACCACCAACUACACCACAAGCUUCAUUAUGUCCAACAGCUCAAUGGAAUCAAACAUUAUCUACAUUAGCUGGAGCAAUAUCAAAUGCAGGAACUACACCAACUUUAUUAUAUUAUCCAUAUAAUAUUUAUUUUGAUGGAUAUCAAAAUUUAUAUGUUGCAGAUACAACUAAUCAUAGAAUUCAAUAUUUUCCUCGCGGCACAACAACAGGCAUAACUGUAGCUGGAAGUUCAGGUAAUCCUGGUAGUGCCUAUGCACAAUUUAACAAUCCAUAUGCAAUUUAUGUUGAUUCAAAUCGAGUAAUGUAUAUAUUAGAUACAAGUAAUUAUAGAGUUAUACAAUGGAAAUUUGGUGACCCAUAUGGUGAUGUUGUUGUUGGUGGAAAUGGAGCUGGUUCAGCAUUAACUCAAAUAACAACAAGUUAUGCUAUGUUUGUUGAUAGUCAAUCGAAUAUCUAUGUAUCUGAAUAUGGUAAUCACAGAGUAACACUAUGGUUAUCAACAAAUACAACAGCGGGAACAUUAGUUGCUGGUGGAAAUGGUGCAGGAAGUACACCAGAACGGUUAUAUAAUCCUUGGGGUAUUUAUGUCGAUUCUAAUCGAGCAAUGUACAUUGUUGAUAGAACUAAUCAUCGAGUACAAUUAUGGCUUAAUGGAGCAAUCAGUGGUGACACCGUUGCUGGGACAACUGGUGAUGCAGGUCCAUGGGCUUAUCAAUUGAAUUAUCCAACAUCAUUGUUGUUAGAUCAAUAUGGUUACGUGUAUAUAUUGGAUUACAAUAAUAAUCGAAUUCAAAAAUGGUUUCCAGGUGCACUUUAUGGGACAACAGUUAUAUCAGCAUCUUUUUACAAUCCCUGUGGAAUGCAAUUUGACCGUCUUAACAAUCUUGUUGUAGCUGACACUUAUUACCAUCGAAUUGUAUCAUUUGGUGUUUUUUGUCCUGCAACAACAACAACAACAACAGCUCCACCGAGUGAGUCAUGA